AUGCCUAUAACACGAGAGCAGCGAUCGGCCCUGAUAAAAGCAGCCAUAGAGGGGAGUGAGCAUGCGUAUAUACCGUACUCUAAGUACAAGGUCGGCGCCGCCAUCUUGACUGAGAGCGGGGAGAUUUUUAAGGGCUGCAACGUCGAGAACGCGGCGUAUCCUAUCGGUGUAUGUGCUGAGCGCACUGCUGUUGUCAAAGCUAUCAGCGAGGGCAAGAAGGACAUGGUCGCGUGCGCCGUGGUUACUCGUGAUGGGGGCUCGCCGUGCGGUAUGUGCCGACAGACCUUGAACGAAUUCAACCCCAAGAUGCACAUGAUAUUGGCCAAGUUAGACGGGGAGGUCAUAACUGAAAUGCCGUUGGACGAGCUCCUCCCCCUGGGCUUCGGGCCUGCAAACCUGCUCUGA